AUGAAUACGACCGGCAUCAUAUACCAACUUUGGAGAAGGCCAACAGCAACUCAGCUUCGUGUUCUCUCCGGCUACUCACUGCUGGGGGCGACGUUUCGGUGGUGGACUCCAACUUGGAAACAUCCACCUCAUGGAGCUGCAGAGCGAUCCUAUGAUACAUCCACGAUGGGGCGAGUUAAUGAACAAAUAUAUUAUGAUUAUAAUCUUUAUGGAGUUGUCCCUGUGAACUCCAUCAAACCGGAACUCAGUUUGGCAACAGAACCCGGAGGCCUCGAUGAAUACUAUGCAGUCCUACACUCCUCUGAGCUGAAGCCACUGCUCCAGAAUGAAUCGAGGCAGUUCUUCGUCUACCUCGGAGGAACCUCGCAGAAUGAUGCCAAACCCUUCACCCCGGACUACCUUUCUUCCAGCGCUGUAUACAGCACAAACCCUACUUCAGCACCCACUCACUACAACGUCUCCCUUGUUGCCACGAGGAAAUCCACCAUCCUCGACGCAGUGGAGGUGUUUUCUGCAAUGCAGAACACGAUUAGGCAGGGGCGGAUCCGACGGGGCCAACGGGGUCCGGCGGAGAUCUGCCUGCACCACCGCCCUCGCCUCCUUGAAUCGCCGCUGCCUCCACGGACCCCGCUGACCCCCAUCGGACCCGCCCAUGUUUGCCUCGCCCUUGCCAUCCUCGCCGGCGGCACAUGCAGCCAGCAUCGCCACAGAUUCGUCAAUGCGUUACAUUACAAGAUCGACGAUGUCACCCAUCAAAACCCUAGAUCUGCUGCCCAUCGGUCAAUCCCCAGACCCUUGGCCUGUCGAUCCGGCCAUGGCCUCGCCUCCCUCUUGCGCUCCUCAGUUCGCCGCUCUCCGGCGCCGCGGCCCCCCGCCUCCACCCCUAGGCCCCUGAUCUCGUCCCGACCCUCUCCGGCUGGAUUCCUCCUCUCCCUCGCCGUCGAGUACGCCACCGCGGUUGCUCCCUCUCCUGCCCCAUCGACCCCGCCUCCGAAGACCGCUGCCAGUCCCAGCGGCAAGAUCACGGACGAGUUCACCGGAGCGGGUGCCAUUGGGCAGGUAUGCCAGGUGAUCGGCGCCGUCGUCGACGUCCGCUUCGACAAGGGGUUGCCGCCAUUCUUGACGGCUCUCGAGGUGUUGGACAACUCGAUCCGGCUUGUCCUGGAGGUGGCACAGCACUUGGGGGAGAACAUGGUGAGGAUAAUCGCUAUGGAUGAGACCGAGGAGCUCGUUCGUGGGCAGAGGGUGUUGAACACCGGCUCGCCGAUCACUGUACCUGUUGGUAGGGCCACCCUUGGGAAGAUCAUGAAUGUUAUUGGAGAACCAAUUGAUGAGAAGGGUGAAAGACCAGACUCUCUUCCCAUUCAUUGUGAAGCACCUGCUUUUGUCGAGCAGGCAACAGAACAACAGAUCUUUGUUACUGGAAUCAAGGUGGUUUCUCUGUCUUUAUUGGUGUUGGGGAACAUACCUGUGAAGGUAAUGACUUGUACAGGGAAAUGAUUGAGAGUGGAGUGAUUAAGCUUGGAGAUAGACGGGUCUGUGACUACUUGGCUUUGUCAACGUAACCAUAUCUGGUUGUAAUGCCGACUUUCAACUUAAAUGGUAACAUGUGGUCAAGUGAAUGAACCUCCUGGUGCUCGUGCUUGUGUUGGGCUCACUGGGUUGACAGUGGCUGAGCAUUUCCGAGAUGCUGAAGGGCAAGAUGUGCUUCUGUUCAUUGACAAAAUUUUUCAGUUCACCCAAGUGAGUUUUCAGUAAUCUGAUCUGAUCUUUUAUAAGCAGUUGGUUACCAACCAACAUUAGCUACUGAUCUUGGAGGACUUCAAGAGCAUAUCACAACAAAAUAAAGGGUUAUAUUACCUCUGUACAAGCUAUUUAUGUGCCUGCUGUUGACUUGACUGAUCCAGCACCUGCAAUUACCUUUGCUCAUCUUGAUGCCACAACCGUGCUGUCAAGACAGAUUUCUGAGCUUGGUAUUUAUCCUGCUGUCGAUCCUCUUGAUUCUAUGUCAAGAAUGCAUUCUCCUCACGUAUUGGGUGAAGAGCACUACAACACUGCUUGUGGUGUUUGAAACGUCCUCCAGAACAACAAGAAUCUUUAGGAUCUUAUUGCAAUUUUGGGAAUGAAUGAACUUAGUGAAGAUGACAAAUUAACCGUGGCUCGAGCUAGGAAGAUCCAGCGAUUUCUGAGCCAGCCUUUCCAUGUUGCUGAGGUGGUCACUGGUGUCCCUGGGAAGUAUGUAGAACUGAAGGAGAGCAUUAACAACUUCCAGGGUGUUAUGGAUGGGAAGUAUUGAUGAUCUUCCCGGGCAGUCUUUUUACAUGGUUGGAGGGGAUUGAGGAAGUUACAACCAAGGCUGAAAAAAUUGCAAAGGAAUCUAUCUGCCUCCUAAGCAAGAUUUUUAUUUAUUUACAAUAAUCCCGCACCGCAAAAAAGGUAUUUCAAUGAAUGAACAAACUCCUCCACCGCAAUUGCAGGGUUACUUCCGGUAAAUAAGUUAUCUGGAUGUUUCUUUCUUUCUUUCUUUCUUGCAUUUCGGUCCGUGCUUUUUCUACCGAACUCGUGUUUCUGGUUCAUUUACAAAACUUGUGAUGUUGGUCACUACUGUCUCCUUUUGUCUAAAAUCUUCUCUUCUUCUCUCUCUCGCUGUGGUUUCAUGCCCACUCAUCAUUACCUUUCUUUUGAAAUAUAGACAAUUUAAUAGGUUAUUCUUAAGUUAGCAUAACUGGUGGAUGAAAUGUUGUUUGAUUGUCUCAAAGAGGUAUGAGAUGAUAUCUUGUUUUGCUUUCUCCUUUAAAGCACAUCCCAGUAUGAUAUUCCACAACUUGAUUUGCUUAAUUUAGUGUAGUAUCUAUUUCUUGACCAAUUGUUAGUAUGCUUAAAUUUCUGCUCCAUUUUUUUCUUUUGUGCUGCUAGCUAGCGUGGUAUACGAGGUAAAUCUUCUUUCGCUCUGGAUGAUUUUUACUUUAUUUUAUUUUAUUUUUUGUUAAUCUUUAAGCCAGGUUUAUAGACCAUCUUCUAUUAGGUGGCGGCUACUGCAUGGGCCAGACGUCAAGUCAAUGAAUUGAAGGUUCGAUUUCUACCCCAGUAAUAUGAGUAGGAUGAUAAAGUCAAAUUAUCGUGACAUGUAAUGAUCUUACGUAAGAGUAUUUAUAGCGCAGUACAAGCAGCAGUUACUACUUAAACAUCAGAGUCAGCAUUGUCUCGAGGUAAAAUGCAUUACGCAGCUUAUACGCCGACGACGUGGUCAAUAGUUUUCUCAUGGGUCUAUCUUCUUGUAUUAAUCGUGCACAUAAUGACUAUUACAAUUUUGGGAGGUACGGCGUCGGAGGUGGAUGAUUCGGAGUAAAGGCUUAAUUGCUUCUUCCGGUACCCAUCCCACAUCAAUCGCGUCGACGUGAAGGCGACUUGGCUUUAUCGAUACCAUCACUCCAUGGAAAAGAUGCAUUGAACCUGAGCCAUUGUGGUGGGGCUACCGGUUCUGGAGCUGGUAAACAUGUGAAGACAAAACAUGCACUAUGUUCAGCAGUGCCGACAAAGAAGAACGCCCAAUCCGUCUAAUAACCUCAAAGCGGGUUCAGUCACAGCGGAGGAAGAUUCGGCAGCACUGUCGGACUUGUGAAUGAUUGCGACUCAUCCGCGUAGACUCGGAUUUGUCUCGCGUCGAUGGCGGAAGCUAUGAACGAGCGUGUGGGGGCAGCGUGCUGUGUUUCCGCUUCGUUCUAUUCAGUGGUGAGGAACAGAUUAGGUCUGCCAGCCUAAUCCCGUUCCGUCUCGAGUGUUCCUGCCAAGGUAGUGCGGUCCUAUCACGAAACGCCCGAAGCCAGUCAAAAAUUAUAGUUUGUUCAAUGUAUGGUCGAUCAAUGAUUAGGACUGCACACGAGAUUUUGAUCUGGCGUAGAACAAGGGCCACUUGCCUAGUGGAAUGUACUGUUACGAUAUUAAGAACGCAGCUAUCAAUGGAUGCUGGAAUGAUUUGAGGUUUGA